ACCCCCACCGACUUGGCAAUUUAAGGCACACCCGUCUAUCCCACGUAUCCUACUUCUAUCUCUCGGCAUUUGAUAAUUUUAAUUCAGUCAUCAGCAAUCAUGUCUCAGACUGUUGUCCUCAAGGUUGGCAUGUCAUGCCAAGGCUGUGUUGGAGCUGUGAAUCGGGUGUUAAGCAAAAUGGAAGGCGUGGAAUCAUUUGACAUUGAUCUUAAGGAGCAGAAAGUGACAGUAAAGGGUAAUGUACAGCCUGAAGCAGUCCUUCAGACUGUUUCAAAGACCGGGAAGAAGACUUCUUUCUGGGAAGAAGGAGCAUCAGCUGCACCUGAAUCGAAGCCCGCAGAAACUGUUGCAGAAACUGAAUCGAAGUCCGCAGAAACUGUUGCAGAAACUGAAUCGAAGUCCACAGAAACUGUUGCAGAAACUGAAUCGAAGCCCGCAGAAACUGUUGCAGCUGCAUAAUUUGGGUCACUAGUGGCCAGAAAGCUGUUGCUUUCACUUAUUAUGUUACUCUUAAGGAGCUAAAAUGUAUGUUACGGGUCAACAAUAAUAAACAUAUACAAUACCUCGGUGUGUGGUGUUCAGUAUUCGCUAAUUAACUGUAAGCUCCGUUUAUCUUUUAUUUGAGAUGUUCGAAUAUUGUUCCAUGCAACAGAAACUAGAAAGUGUUUUGGCUGUCUAAAUUUAUCAAGGUGCCGAUAUUCAUGUUGUAA